UAAAUCAUGUUCCGACAACUCAAAAUACGCAAUCUAAAUGGUAUUAUACGCCGCCAUUUAGCCUCUAAGAAGGAACCCAAAGUGAAUUCCGAGGUCAAUACCAUGGGCGCUGAGGCAGUUGUGGCAAAGGGUCAUUCGCUGGUCUUACCGAUAAAUGUUUUGCCACAGUCAAAGUAUGGAGGAAUAACCACCGUUUCCCUGCUCACCGGGGAGAGUCUGAUAGGCAAACAGGGUGGUCGAUAUGUGAGCACUCUAUUGCAAAAUGCUCGCGUUCCCGUGGAAGUGCAACGCAUCCGAGUCGAUCAGGAGAAUGAAUAUUUGAAUUCAGUGGUACGGAAUCGUGCCGCCGUUCACAUUGAAAUCGUUCACGAUGCCGUGGCCAAAAAGAAAGCCCUGAAGAUUUGUCACGAUCUGGAUCUGUAUGUCUUUAUGUCACGACUGCGCACAUUUCCUGGCUUCAAUUGUCGCUUUGCCGAUGUGGAUAUCCAGUUGAUUGCCCAAAAUAAUAUGGGCAAUUAUGCCGAAUUGGAAUACGUGCCAGUACGUGGAGUAGUUGAGGCUCUGAGCGUUGUGAUUCAAGAGAAUUUAGAAAGAUAUCUCAAGUAUGCCUUUCAAGCGGCUGUAGAUUUGGGACGUAAACGUGUCACUGUGAUUCAUAAGAUCAGCGAAUGGCCAGUAACGGAUGGCGUCUUGGUGGAUGUAGCCAAACAUAUACAUGAAAAGGACUACAGCUGUCUGGAAUUGGAGACCAUGGAACUGGACGAUACAGUCAGUCGUCUAAUACUCGAUCCAAAUCAUUUUGAUGUCCUGAUGACCAGUGAUCGUUAUGCCACAUUUGUGGCCACCAUUUGCAGUGGAGUCUGUGGUGGAGCGAAUCUAUUCAGUGCCAUUGAAAAGAGUGACAAUCAUGCCGUAUUCAAGCCCUUGCAGACGAAACUAUCGCUGACUAACUACAAGACCCUAAGUCCCUAUGGCAUUGUGUCCACCUGUGUGGAUCUACUCAAUCAUGUGAAUCAGAAAUCUUGUGCCACAAAUCUAUGGAACGAAAUGUUACGCACCAUGCGUGAGGGUAUAAAAACUGGAGAAUUCGGUGGCAGCGAUAGUGGAAACUUUGUCAUUUGCAAUAUUAUGAAUCAGCUACGUUGCAAUAUGUUUUCUGAAGUAAAACCAUAGAAAAUUGCAAUUUCAA